AUGAUUGACAUAAGAUGCGAUCUCAAUAACAGCCUUCUGUCCAGUUUCUGUUCAACAGAAUCGCCUGGUUUGCGAAAUUACUCUAUAUUCGAGUUUAUCGAUGUUGACCUGGAAUCUCCUGCGGAUCCCCUCGAUGAUGUCCGAUCGUCGCGAGCAGCUGCUGGAACUUCGAGCCAAUCGAAAUCAAACGUAGACAGGAAAACCAUAAAAGAUUGCUGUACCCCUAGAUUCUCGCGAAUACAGAAACCCAAGAGGCAAAUGUCGGAAGCUGUUCAGAAAAACGUUGAACGGGUCCCGGUCCAAACGCGUGGGUUCGAUCCGUGUGGAGAAACAAUUGAGACUCCGAAAAAUGCAUUCGAGCCUGCUGAACCUGGUCUUGAGGAUAAGAUUCCGAGUUUGCCACUGUUUUUGGUGGACCAAAUAGCGACCCGAGUUUGCCAGACGGUCAAUGAGCGGUUGGACAGUCUGGAAAAGCGAAUGAAUUGCUUUGACCCACCGAAGCAGACUGUUUGUGAAAAGCCGAAGAAACAAAGGCCCUGCAAGUCGACGAAAGAAGAGUUCAUUCCAAUAUCAUGUCCCCUGAAAAUUCCGAAGACUUCGAAGAAGUAUCGAAAAAUAUGUGACGACAUGUGAAGGGAUUCAAGUUAUAGAGAAGCAGUUUUCUUCUCCCAAUUCUUUGAUGAUCAAAGGAACUUGACAGUAUUGCUAUGGCCGUUUUCAUUGCCCUGUUAUUUUUCUUUCGUGGAGGCCUCAAAAAGGGACGAGAUUAAAGUACUGUAUUUUGAAAA